AUGUCAUCCCUUCAGAGAAAGGGGGCGGUUAAUGCCUUGCUCGUCCUAGUCUGCGUGGUCUUUGGCGGGGCAUCAUUUAUUUUUGGCUAUGACGAUAAACUCAUCUCUCCUGUUGCGGCACUGACGCCAUUCGUGAGUUUCUCCCGCAUGGUCACCGAGGAUGGAAAUGUUGAUCGUUACCAGGUCAAGAAGUUUCAAGGACCCAAUCCAGCAACGGGCGAAUAUGUUCUUACCGCACGCAACCAGAAUCUAGUGAUUUCCGUCCCUUUAGUGGGUGCAGUGGUCGGUGGACUACUGGCGUCGCCACUGAACUUCAACUUCGGCCGCAAGUGGCCUCUAGUCGUCGCUUACGUUUUGUCCAUCGGCGGUGCUCUUCUUCAAGUAUUCUCACCUAACCUGGCAGCGUUCGUGGGCGGAAGAUCUAUCAAUGCCGUUGCUUUCGGUAUUGCCACUGCUACGGCUCCACUUUAUCUCUCAGAGGUUGUCCCGGCUUCUAUGAGGGGCAGAAGUGUGAGUUCAAUCAACAUCUUGAAUCUCACGGCCGGGGUGGUUGGCACCGUCAUAGUCUGGGGCACCCAAAAGCUCGAUGGCCACCUGUCAUAUCAAAUCCCACUGGCUGUACAAGCAGCAGUUCCAGUAAUUCUUUGUGCGAUGACAAUAUUCCUUCCAGAAAGCCCUCAAUGGCUCAUAUCAAAAGGAAACAUGGAACAAGCCCAGGUCAAUCUGCGCAAACUCCGUGGCUUCAGCGACGAGCAAGUCGCAGACGAGCUCAGACUCAUGGCAUUCUGCGAAAGAAACAAUCGUGAACUACGAUCUAAAACCAGAUUCUGGCAUAUUUUCAAGCGAGAGCAUCUCAGGCGCACACUAGUCGCAGGCUCCUUCUUUUCUCUCAACCAAAUCUCUGGCGUGAUUCUGUCAACCACCUACACAACAAUCUUCCUGACACAAUUGGGGAUCGCCAAACCCUUUUCUCUUACAAUCAUCUCGUCCUGUUGUACUCUGGCGGGUACAAUUGCAGCCCCAUUCGUCAUCGACCGCGCCGGUAGACGCCCGACAGCCUUCGUUGGCAUGAGCCUUCUUUUCAUGAUUGAUGCCGUGGCUGGUGGUCUCGCGUUUGACAGAAGCACGCACGCGACUCUCGCCAUCGCCGUGCUAUCAUUUGUGUUCAAUUUCUUUUGGGCUUCCUCAUUUUUCUCCUUAUCGAACUUGAUGCCCUCUGAGAUGGCGACUCCGAAGCUCCGCCAUCAUACCAUGUCCUACACCGUCGCCUGUGCAGAGAUCACUGCUGUGAUCACUACACUUGUUGUGCCGCAGUUGACAUCGGCGGAUGCAGCCAAUCUCGGCGCGAAGACAUACCUGAUCUUUGCUGGAUGCAUGGCUGGCAUUAUUGUCUUCAUAUAUUUCCUAAUGCCCGAAACCCGGGGCCGCACAUUUGCGGAAAUUGAUGAGAUGUAUGCGGCUAAAGUGCCAGCUUGGAAGUGGAGGUCUUAUCAGGCCUCGAUAGAGGCGAGAACCGGGGAAUCUGCAAGACACUCUUCGGAAAAAGAUCAAGCCAUUGUGAAUCAACUUUCCACCGACCGGUUCUUAGUCACAAUCUGA